UGACGUAAUCAUUCCGCGACUCACCAUAUACCAACUUCCAGCAUGCGUGUCUGGCUCUCACUACGAGUUUUAAGUACAGAAGUAGAUACGUGUGUUUAACUUAUACUAACGUGACAUACCUGAGCGUGUUUUGGAUUAACACCUGUAUUUGAAUCCAACAUGAGUUCGUCAAUGCCACAGAAGCGCUACUACAGACAGCGAGCCCACGCUAACCCGAUGGCUUAUCACUCGUUUGAUUAUCCUGUCUGUCCUGAGAAGAUGGACUGGUCCGAGCUGUAUCCAGACGUGUUCACUGGCAGUCCCUCUGAUAAAGAGUCCCACAGGGUUGAGUUUGCAGACAUUGGAUGUGGAUAUGGGGGGCUUUUAGUGGAGUUAUCUCCACUAUUCCCAGACAAGCUCAUGCUGGGCCUCGAGAUCCGAUUGAAAGUAUCUGAUUAUGUUCAGGAUCGAAUUCAGUCACUACGUACCUCUGAGCCAGGGAAGUACCAGAACAUCGCCUGCCUUCGCGGGAAUGCCAUGAAAUACCUCCCCAACUUCUUCUCUAAAGGACAGCUCAGUAAGAUGUUCUUCCUCUUCCCUGACCCUCACUUUAAGAAGACCAAGCACAAAUGGAGGAUCAUCAGCACCACACUGUUGGCAGAGUACGCCUACACACUGAGAGUUGGGGGUUUGGUGUACACCAUCACAGAUGUUGAGGAAGUGCACCUCUGGAUGGUGAAACACUUCACUGAACAUCCACUGUUUGCACGUAUCUCUGAUGAAGAACUGGUUGGUGAUGUCAUCAUAAGUCGUUUGGGUACCUGCACAGAGGAAGGAAAGAAAGUACAGCGGAAUGGAGGGAAGAAUUUCCUCGCCGUUUUCCGGAGGGUGGAAGAUUCAAUUUAAGACCAACUGGUUUGGACAUGUGUGUUGAACUGAAAUAAGAGUCAAAUGCAGCUGUCUUUAUGGAGGAUCCUGCUGCACUGUGCAGCCAGAGGCCAUGGCUUUUUCUUUUUCAACAGAUGAACAGUUUUUCAUGUAGAAAUGGACCAACAUUUACAUCAUUUGAGAGUUGAGUAUUUCACACUUUGUUUUUCCAUCACAAGGGAAGCAGAUCAAGAUUGGAUCUCUAUGAAGACUCUGCUUAAGGGGUGUUUUUAAAUUGAAUUUCACUGAUGUUUUUCAUUUUCUUUUGCAAGACUUCAGUGCAGUGCUGGUUUGGAUUACCUGUAAAUCUUGAAAUUAUUUUAAUAAAACCAAAAAGGCGGGAUUGUUUGUUUUGCAUGUUA